AUGACUACCACCACCACCGCCGCCUGCUCUUCUCCUCCUGAGGGGUUCUUUGUGGGCCGGGACGGCAAGCUUGUCAUCAAGGGCCGAGACCAGUACACCGCGUACGGCGUUCGGCGCGGCAGGAACGGCACGCGCGUUGUCCGGUCGCACACGGCAAUGCUCGCUGAGAUAUCCGGCGUCUCCAACGCGGUAGGGCGCGGGUUUGAUUCCGUCCUUGAGGCGCAGGAGUGGUGUGACGAGUUCAUUCUUCGAGAGAACCCCGCUCGCAUCGCGGCCCUGCGUGCGGAAGUCGAUGCUUUGGUUGCGGAGUUGCUCGGCGCCCGUUCCCGCAUGUAG